AAGACCAGAAGCAGAAAGGGGAGCGACGGCAACGCGAAAGCAGAAAAGGUCAGUGAGACAUUCCAAUUGAAAGGGGAGAAAUGAAGGAUGUGUCAAGCCGUCUCCCGAGCGAGAGUGACAAGUGACAGAUGAUAUACGCUGUAGACGGAUAGAGGGGCCAGCUCAGUUCAGAUGCAGACAAGAGACAAGAGACACUUGUCGACAGUUGGAAACAUGCUUCAUCUCAGCUCUACAAGACUCUCAGUUGCAGGAUGAGAAUCGUGUCAACUUCGCUUGUUACAGACCUUCGGAAGGCUCCUGCGACUGAAGGCGAUGGAGGGGCAGAAGCUACAGUACUACAGCACUACUGCCAAUGUAGUUUGGAGUCCACUUGAAGGAGAGUUUAGGCUUCACCAACUCCCGAAACGAAACCAAACUCAACCCCUGCAACUUCUGUUCCGGUUCCUGAACUUGAAUCAUGCUACAGUCCCUCAAGUUGACGCGAUCGUCGCCGCGUCUGGCCUCCGUCUUGAAAUCUGUCUCCGUUUCCUUGGUUUCCCUUCUCGGCGCGUCUCCCACAGACCGCGCGUUGUUGCAGCAAUGACAAGAACCCACCGGGGCAUCCGCGUUGGCCGUGCGGUCUGUGCGUAUUCCGCCUCCAUCGUUAUCGGUGGCAGUAUCUCCGGCACCACACAGCCACCCCACCUGAUGCAUUCGUCAUGCGUUGUUCGUCAUCCAUCAGACAUGGUUCGCGUUCGAAUCCAAAUCCUAUUCUGCUCUGCGAACUUGAUUGUGAAGAGUUGCAGUGAUGAGACCGCGGCUGACUCGGAACAUCCAGCAGUCUGGAUUGCAGUAGUGGCCCCAACUUGAACUCUCCAAACUCACACUUCAGCCCCAGAUCCAAUGCCCGGUUCGAAUUCGCGUAACGCGCCCCCCUGUCCAGACAAAGUCCAAGGAUUAGCAGUUCCCGACAAGGAGGACGCCCCUUGUUGUUUCGCGGUGUUUCAGAUUCAAAGUUCGAGUUUGGCAUUGGAUGCUAAACGAGACACGCAAUAAACGCGUUCCAAGUGCCGAAGAUGAGCCACUCCGAGUCAGCCACUCAACUCUACAACCAGGGGCAUGAAAUGCAGUCCAGGUACUAGCACUGUACCUCAGCAGAGUGCUCAGAAAGUACAGUAGCUUCAAUCACUUUCCAUUAAUUGUAUCUUGUUUUGCAUGUCUCCUUGAAACAGAAACAAGAAAACUCUCCCUUCACUCUAUAGAGACGUAUAUAAAACAUCCGCCUCUGAUUCCGCCUCAGCAAGUCCGGUAUUUCAGUACCUCAGUGCAGGCAAUGCACGUAACGUCAAUGUAGGCGGGUAAGGUAGGUAGUCGACACGAAACAACAGAGGGCCAUCCCAAUGUUAUUGCCCCA